CGAUCUUCUUCCGAGCACGUUUUCAACUCACCCGAUCCGAAACUCUCAGCGUCACCGGGGCUGUCCGACGGCAUGGCAACGCACCGCGACGCGAAAGAGGUGCGCUCGAGGACAUACGAAAGUACAUACACUGCGCGUUUCUGCGCUUCACCGUCUAAGUCGCAGCAACCGGAGCAACUCCUCAUCGUGAUGUAGAUGUUUUUCAACUAUGAUACGAAGGUACCUUCGUACUGUAUUUAAGAGAAUGAAGACAACGGUCCUUUAAAUGCUAAGUGCUUGAACUCUAUCCAAUUCAACUCGCGACUUUCAUCAGUUUUUUCUUGGCUAGUACACUUUACCUUUACGCGGAGUUGAAUAUUCGUGCGAAACAGCGAAACGGUACGAGCAGCAAAAAAUCAUCUGUCAAUACGAGCCAUGGGCCUCUUCAAGACAGUGAAGUGCUCAUCUCAGCAGCUGAACCAGACUCAAAAAUCGUCAGCAUCGACCCUUCAAGCGCUCGGAAGGCUAGCUAUGGUGCGAUGCUUACGAGGAGACCCACACGCCCUGAAACAGAAUCACAGGACACUCCGUGCCUGGGCGGAGCUUGGGGUUAUUCUCACUCUCAUAAACUAUGAGCGCGAUAUUUUUUCCGCUUUAUUUGUCGCUAUGUCUAUCUUUGCAUUCUGCACUUCUCUGACCCCUCAGCAUUCGGCGACUCCUGUUAGUGGGCAUCAGACGGAGGAGUGGAAAGGUUGGAUGCAGAUAAUUGCGAUUCCAGUGUUCAUCGCCUCAUACGUGUGGAUGACCGGCUUAGGCGACUUCAGUUUUUAUUUAUAUUCUCAGAAGGAAUACGUGCACAGUGUAAGGAGAUUCUUGCAAGUGACGUGGAGAUUCAACUUUUUCGUAUCACUGUGCUGUUUAAAGGUGUUUAACUAUGCGAAACGACUAAGUUCUGUAUUACCUUCGAACACCUUCGUAUAUCGGUCCUGUGCACAAACUAUUUACCGUGCUCAUUUACUUCUUGCUGGAGCCUGGAAUGAGAAAAACGACAAUACUGUUGUGUUGCUGCAGAAACUGGCAGUGUGCGCGAGCUUGGUUUACGUGACUUGGGAAAUUCCGGGCGUAUUUCACGCUUGUUUCAGACCGAACACUUUCCUCCUGAAGUACACUAAUCCUGAACGUCAAGUCGACGAUCCCCUACGCGAAUGUUUCUUCAGCUCAGGUUUGGAUCGGUAAGUUUGGAUCCACGGAAUGGUUUGUGCAUACCUCUACCCGAGCUACGUGAAGUGCCUGGAUUGGGUCGAGAAGCAGCCGGUGUCGAAACGAUCUGCGAUACACUUCGGGUUUUUAAUAUUUCACUUUUCGGGAGUUUUAACACCUGAUGCGGUUUUCUGGCUCGAACACCAAAAAAAAAAUCGCGAGCGGGAUGAACUCCGCCGGAUUUCGGUCAAAUUCGAUACUUCGUGU